UCCCGCUCACCGCCGCGGCGCGACCGCCGGCGCUCGCGAUCCACUUCGCGGGACCGGGAGAGGAGGCGGAGGGAGCGGACGCGGUCCCGGGACAGGGACAGGAGGAGGACCCGUUCCCGUUCCCCGCACCGGAGGCGAUCCAGGUCCCCCCGGAGGCACCGCUCCAGCUCCUCCUCCCCUCUGCGGCUGAAGGAGAGGCGAGAUGAGGAGAAGAAGGAGAGCAAGGACACCAAAGGCAAAGAGCGGCAGAUCACGGAGGAAGAUUUGCAAGGCAAGACAGAAGAGGAAAUCGAGAUGAUGAAGAUGAUGGGGUUUGCCUCUUUUGACACAACGAAAGGGAAGAAAGUGGACGGCGCUGCAAACGCGUAUGCCAUCAAUGUGUCCCAGAAGAGGAAAUACAGGCAGUACAUGAACAGAAAAGGAGGAUUCAACAGACCGCUGGAUUUCAUCGCUUGAUGCUGCAGGGAGCGGCUUCGCUCCUGCUGGGGGCAGCGCUGCCUUCCUCACGUCCUGGUGGCUCAGAGAUGGCGGGGGUCUCCGUCUGCAAAGUGAAUUUGGGGUGAUUGGUAGCAAGGCCAGGUGCACUCGCUCUGCCCUGCACCAAGGGAGGGUGAAGUGAAGCUCACUGCAGAACAAACCCAGCUCGGUUUGUUCCCUGCUGGUUGUAUUUUUCCUGUUGUGUUGUUGUUUUGUUUUUUUUUUUAAAUAUCUCGAUGUUGUCUAAUUAAAACCUGUAUAUAUUUUUCCAGUUUGUUCCCCCCCCCCUUUAUCUGUGAUAACAUUGCUCAGGAAUAAAGUCAGCGAGAGGAGGCUGCUGGAAACCACCCGGCAGCUAUAGGCCCAAGUCAGCAUUUGGGUUUUGAGCCGAAAAACCUCA